UACUUCCUCUUCUUGCUCUGCCCGGUUCGGAGGUGCUUGGUUCUUCUGAUCGAAGCUAAGGCCGAGAUUCUCCCGGCGACUAGCACUAUCGGACCCGCAGAGAUUCAGCGCCAUGGCCUCCACCUCGGAACUCGCCUGUAUCUACAGCGCACUCAUCUUGCACGACGACGAGGUCACCGUGACGGAAGACAAACUCAAUGCCCUGAUUAAGACGGCUGGUGUAACUAUUGAGCCUUUCUGGCCUGGUCUGUUUGCCAAGGCAUUGGCUAAUAUUGACAUCAAUAGUCUGAUCUGCAAUGUUGGUGCUGGUGGGGGUGCGCCAGCUGCUGUAGCAGCUGUUUCCACUGCUGCCCCUGUUGCUGCUGAAGAGAAAAAGGAAGAGAAGAAACAGGAGGAAUCUGAAGAGUCUGAUGAUGACAUGGGCUUUGGUCUCUUUGAUUAAAUGUACCAUACAACAUGAUUUUUACAAUUUAAAAAAAAUAUAAAAAAUUGAAUAUA